GCUUGCUCCCCCAACACGCACUGGGAAAAUGGCAGCUUGGGUACGGAUGUGACGGUGGCGGUUGCCGCUGUGGUCUGGACUCGACUGUCUGUGCAUCCUCUUGCGUCAAGUGCUGCGGAGGAUGUGGGGAAAUCGUCAUGGUGACUUGGGACGACUUGUGUACUUAAGAACGGUGGGUGCUCAGUCUUGUCCUCCCAGCAUUCUUCGGCAUCUCUCAGCAUUGCGAGCAUUGAACGGCGCACCGUCACCACCACCGCGGUACCACGCUCCAGUUCAAGCGCCAUCCAAGCCAAACCCAACCCCACCAACACAAACACCAUGCCCGCCCUCCGCAUCUGCCUCUCCCCCGGCCCAUUCUCCACGCCAACAUGGAGCCCAACACACCGCGACUCGCUGAAGCCAGUCCACCAGCACUGGUUCACCACCCCGCUGCCAAGACUCGCCGACAUCCCACUCGCGCUCAGCGUCCGUCUCGUCCGCCUCAUCGAGCCCAUCACCGUCGCCCAGCCCACCGCCGGCCGACCGCUGGACCUCGACACCAGACUGGACGUCGCUCACGCGCUCCGUCUCCUCCCCGCUGUAGUAACUUGGCCUGUGCUGUACCACCAUAUCACUACUACUGUAUAA